GCCGCGGCGCUGCCCGAUGACGCCGUGGAAGAGCCGCUUCCCUCGGCGCUCCCCGCCCCGCGGAGCCGCGGCGGAGCCACGCCGGGAGGGUAGUACCGCAAUAGGAAUGACGGUGAACCCACCCCUGUGUUUUAGAGGAAAGAAGAUCCUGGCUCCAAUGGUGCGAGUGGGAACGUUGCCAAUGCGCCUUCUUGCCCUGGACUACGGUGCUGAUAUCGUGUACUGUGAGGAGCUGAUUGACAUAAAGAUGCUGCAGUGUAAGAGGGUUAUAAAUGAAGUACUUGAAACGGUGGACUUUGUUGCACCUAAUGAAAGAGUUGUUUUCAGAACUUGUGAAAGGGAGAGGCAACGUGUCGUCUUUCAAAUGGGUUCAGCAGAUGCUGAGAGAGCCCUGGCAGUAGCUAAGCUUGUAGAGAGUGAUGUGGCUGGUAUUGAUAUCAACAUGGGAUGCCCAAAAGAAUACUCUACUAAGGGAGGUAUGGGAGCAGCACUGCUAUCUGAUCCUGACAAAAUAGAGUCUAUACUGACUGCCCUUGUUAAAGGAGUUUGUAAACCGGUAACCUGCAAAAUCCGCAUUUUGCCCUCAGUUGAAGAUACUGUGAAUCUGGUGAAGAGAAUAGAAAAAACUGGUAUUGCUGCCAUUGCAGUCCAUGGAAGAAAUAAGGAGGAGAGGCCUCAGCACCCUGUCCACUGUGAUGUGAUCAAGGCCAUAUGUGAAGCUGUCUCCAUUCCAGUAAUAGCAAAUGGAGGAUCUCAUGACUUCAUCAAAGAAUAUAUGGACAUAGAGACCUUCCAGAAAGCAACAGCUGCCUCAUCAGUAAUGAUAGCUCGUGCUGCCAUGUGGAACCCAUCUAUCUUCAGAAAAGAGGGUUUUUUCCCCUUGAAGGAUGUAAUGCAAGAUUACCUUAAAUAUGCAGUGAGAUAUGAUAAUCACUAUACCAACACAAAAUACUGUUUGUGUCAGAUGUUAAGAGAACAGUUGGAAACUGCUCAGGGUAAGAAGCUACAUGCUGCACAGUCCACACAGGAGAUCUGUGAAGUCUUUGAAAUGGGUGACUUCUAUGAAGAAACAAGAGCUAUUUUUGAAGCAAAGAAAAUGUCUUUAGAAACUGAGACACAAGAUGAAGACGACCAAGUAGAUGAUCCAGAUGUAAUAAAAAUGGCUGUUAGAUUUGACAAGCGAGAAUAUCCACCACAGAUUACUCCAAAAAUGUAUCUUCUGGAAUGGUGUAGGAAAGAAAAGCAUCCUCAACCUGUUUAUGAAACUUUUCAAAGACCAUUGGAUAGAUUAUUCUGUUCAGUAGUGACAGUAGCUGAGCAAAAAUACCGAUCAACUCUAUGGUAAAACUUGGAGCAAGCAGUGUCCCAUUUGGUGCCUCUGGUGCUUUGGAAGGCUUUUGCUUUUAAUGUUUCUUGAACAACUGUAUAAACCCAGAGGAUUAGAGUCUGCCUGCAGGAGAGCACCAAGAAGGGCAGCUGUUGUUCUCUUCAGCAUUUUUUUGCUGAGCCAUCAGGACAGCUUAAUGCUACUACAUGUUAAAAAACUCCUGCAUUAUAGUGGUUGUGGGUACGGACAGUGCUGCUGACCACUUCCUGCUGAAUCCCUGCCCCUCUGAAACCACUUCGUGGCUGACUGAGUGUUUCUUCUUUUUUAAUUGUGCAAAACUGGAGAAGAUGUGUAUGUGUUAAUUCAAAGGGAAAAUUAAGUGGGAGAUUCCAGAGACCGUUUCUUGUCUAUGUCCUUUUCUACACGAUUAUAUUAAAACCUUUACAUCUGCAGUCUGUCUAUUUUCCUUGUUGUAAUAGGAUAAAAGAUGCCAUAUCAGCAGUAGCUAUUUUACCUUGAAAAAUUAUCCAUCUUUUUGAUAAUGUUUUGCUUGGCUUUUGAUCUGUAAAAAUAGAAGGAGUAAAAGGAGGCAGAAUAGGCAAAGCAAUAGUCUUAAGGCGUUUUUUCCUUGUAAUUAGAUGAAUUCCCAGUUGCAGUAUCUUUCUUGCUGUUUUCUUGAUUUAUUUUUUUCUCUCUCAAAUGGUCAUCAGACUCUGCCUUUGUGAAUUUUCCCCCAUUGUGUUAUCUUUAUCAAAAAUAUACCUUAAAAACCUCAUUAUGUUCCUGGGAAAGAACACUUUACUCUCUGCCAUGCAAUAGCUCUGGCUUUUUUUAGGUUUUCAGGGGUUUUGCAUUCAUUUUCAUCCAGAUAAUUGAGUCAUAGCACUCCUUGCUAAAACUCUGGUUUGUUUUAGUCUUGUAUCUGUGGAAAAGACCUUGAAGAUGGUUUGCAGAAGUAUGUGGCAUCACAGGGUACUGGUGUGUUUAUAACGUGAUGCCUAAACUGGGGUUUAUGCUAAUUACUUUUCUCUCGUAUUGUCAGUCUAAGAUCUUUUGCAAACCUUGUCCCGCUCUUGGUUUUGUUUAAGGAACUUAUUUUUUCAAGGACAAAAUAUUUUGCUGUGUUUCUGCUACCUCGUUGAUGUUACAUAUAUAGAAUAUAGAUGUUUUCUAAUAUAUUUUUUGUGUUUCAUUCUACUUUCUCCCUAAAUAGCUUUUAACUUUGAUACACUGCCUUUCAUUUAGGCAUAUUAAGCUACUUGUUAUCAUGGAGGUGACCAGCUUCCAUUACUUUGUAUUCUUUGUCUCCCAGUUGUUACUACCUGGAUGUAACUAUUAUGAUAUUUUUGCCUAACAAUGACAGAAACUAGAAGUAAAUGACAAAAUUAGAGAGUAUUCUGCACACUGAGCAAUUUUGUAAUGGUACAUUUUGCAGUCGUUGUCUGCUUUCUAAUUAAUCAACAGAUUGUGAACCUCGGUAUCAGCAAAUGCUUUAUACAAAAUUCAGACUUAAUAAAAAUAAAACUGAAUAGUUAAUUGUUUUUCCCAGUAACCAAUGCAGCCUCAAACACUUUAAAUGUUAACUAGCCAACAUUUGAAGUGAUAAAGGCACAUGGCAUUUUGUACAGAUAAUCAUAUCUUCAGUCUGUCAAAUUUAAACAAUUUUAAUGCCUCAGAAGGACAUUAUGCAAGGAAAUACAUGAGGAAAAAAAAGAUUUUGACCAAAGUUUGCAUCAUGUUUUAGAAUGGAGGUAUUCUUUAUUUCAAGAUGAGUAAUUCUUAAUGUCAUGGUUUAUACAAUUGUUUUAGACAAUUUUUUUAAUGGGAAGAUAAUUUAUUUAAGUUUGGUAAGGACAUAAUUGAAUUAUUUACUGAUCAAAUAAUGUCACAGUGUUAAAUUUAACUAGUUUAGCCUUUUCUCUUACUGAUUUUCUUAAUGGGAAAAUGUUUGUGGCUUAUUCCUUCUUAACAUAUGGGAGCACCAGAGCCUCGUCUCCAGAGGAGUAAGCAGCAGGUCAGACAUUUUAUUUUGCAUUUGUAGAAAGAUGAUUUUUGCAUAUUCAGACAUCUGUAACCUUUUUGAUAAUGAAAGCAACUGAUCAUAUGAUUUGGUUUUGCUUGAUGACUAGCUGACAUGAAUCCUUGCAAUAAGAUUUCUAGUCUGAAUACAUGUUAAAAAAAAUUUUAUGUGAGCAUUCAUUGAAAUGCUGUUGUUUUGUUCAAUAUAAAUUAACAGCUAAACCAUUCUUUAUAUACAUAUCUGAUGAAUUAAUAUAUAGGACUUGCAAAUACAGCAAAAUAAAUGAAUUUUAAAUGGGUGAACCUUUACUGGGUAAUAUUAUUCCAGAGCUGACUGGGACCACUCCAUUAAUUGAAUAGCUCAUUCUCCAGCUAGGAAAAAUUUAAUCAGUUGUUCCUUUUUGUGUGUUGCCUUUUCUACUUUCCAUAAAUUUUUAAUGUACAG